CCCGACUUCACUUCCGGUCCGUGACGCAGUUCCGCUUUGCUGGGCGCGCGGUGGAUGGUCUGAAACGGAGAGCUUGGCUUUUUCUGGGGCUUGGCUGCUGCGGAGCCCAGCAUGGCUUCGUCACGAGCCUCCUCCACGGCCACCAAAACGAAAGCGCCUGAUGACCUGGUGGCUCCGGUGGUGAAGAAGCCACACAUUUAUUAUGGAAGUCUGGAAGAGAAGGAAAGGGAGCGGCUGGCCAAAGGAGAAUCUGGGAUUUUGGGAAAAGAAGGACUUAAAGCAGGAAUUGAAGCAGGAAAUAUUAAUAUAACCUCCGGAGAAGUAUUUGAAAUUGAAGAGCACAUCAGUGAGCGGCAGGCAGAGGUAUUGGCCGAGUUUGAGAGGAGGAAGCGGGCCCGGCAGAUCAACGUUUCCACAGAUGACUCGGAGGUCAAGGCUUGCCUUCGAGCCCUGGGGGAGCCCAUCACGCUGUUUGGAGAGGGCCCUGCUGAAAGAAGAGAAAGGUUAAGAAAUAUCCUCUCAGUGGUUGGUACUGAUGCCUUAAAAAAGACCAAAAAAGAUGAUGAGAAAUCUAAGAAGUCCAAAGAAGAGUAUCAGCAGACCUGGUACCACGAAGGACCAAACAGCCUCAAGGUGGCCAGACUGUGGAUUGCCAACUAUUCCCUGCCCAGGGCAAUGAAGCGCUUGGAGGAGGCCCGUCUCCAUAAAGAGAUUCCUGAGACAACACGGACCUCCCAGAUGCAAGAGCUGCACAAGUCUCUCCGGUCUUUGAAUAAUUUCUGCAGUCAGAUUGGAGAUGAUCGGCCUAUCUCCUACUGUCAUUUUAGUCCCAAUUCUAAAAUGCUGGCCACAGCCUGUUGGAGUGGGCUUUGCAAGCUCUGGUCCGUUCCUGACUGUAACCUCCUUCACACUCUGCGAGGCCAUAACACAAAUGUAGGAGCCAUCGUCUUCCAUCCCAAAUCCACCGUGUCCUUAGACCAAAAAGAUGUCAACCUGGCCUCUUGCGCUGCUGAUGGUUCUGUGAAGCUUUGGAGCCUUGAAAGUGAUGAACCAGUGGCAGAUAUUGAAGGCCACACAGUGCGUGUGGCCCGAGUUAUGUGGCAUCCAUCAGGACGCUUCUUGGGCACCACCUGUUACGACCGUUCCUGGCGCUUAUGGGACCUGGAGGCCCAAGAGGAGAUCCUGCAUCAGGAAGGCCACAGCAUGGGUGUGUACGACAUCGCCUUCCACCAAGAUGGCUCUUUGGCCGGCACUGGGGGACUGGAUGCAUUCGGUCGAGUUUGGGACCUGCGCACAGGACGGUGUAUCAUGUUCCUAGAAGGCCACCUCAAGGAAAUCUAUGGAAUAAACUUCUCCCCCAAUGGCUACCACAUCGCAACUGGCAGCGGUGACAACACCUGCAAAGUGUGGGACCUGCGACAGCGGCGCUGCGUCUAUACCAUCCCUGCCCAUCAGAACUUGGUGACUGGCGUCAAGUUUGAGCCUAUCCAUGGGAACUUCUUGCUCACCGGUGCCUAUGAUAACACAGCCAAGAUCUGGACCCACCCCGGCUGGUCCCCGCUGAAGACUCUGGCUGGUCACGAAGGCAAAGUGAUGGGCCUAGACAUUUCUUCUGACGGGCAGCUCAUAGCCACUUGCUCCUAUGACAGAACCUUCAAGCUCUGGAUGGCUGAGUAGACAAGGCGAUGGACAAAGGACUCUGAGUUCAAGCUCUCCUAAGGAGCCAUUUCCCUCAAAAGAAAAGAAUUGAUGUAUUUGGUUCUAUCAUGUUUCCCACCAAUUACCAUGCAUAGGCCCUCAAUAGAAUUGGAUUCCCAUGCCAGCCCCCGCUGUGGGCAGGCAGCUGAACCCCUUUCAUGGUUGCCACAAAGCACAAACUGUGUAGACCUUAUUAAGCUUUGGUCCGAUUGCCCUGUCACCUCCCUCACAGCACUCAGCAUUGUGACUGACUCUCCCCAUUUUAAAUUCAUGAAACUUGGCUUUCUGUAACAGGGUACGUGCUUCAGGACCACAUGUGACCCAGAGAGCAAGGCGGCUGGACUAUGGAAGCUCCCCCAUGCGUUGGUUAGCCCAUGCCUGGCAGCCAGCACCUCUCCUCUCUGGGAGACAGGAGGCAGGGCCGCCGGCGCCGCUGUGCAGUAAAGAACCCCAUUGGGCUCUGGGAGCUCCAGCUGCAUCAGAACUGAACGUGUGCCUUGUCAGGAAGUCUCUUCCACUUUGCUCUGAAGUUCAGCAAGGCCGUUGUGUCAGGAGUCAAAGAAAUUUCUAGAAAGCAAAGUGGGGUCUUUUGUACAGUCUUCUUUCUGUUGGUUAUUUAAAGGAUGUGCUUCAUGUUUUUGAUAGAAUUUUCUGUCAAAGUAACCAAAAAAAUCCCUAAUGUCUAGUCCUAAGCAUAAACUUUUUCUUUAUUACACACUGGCUAAGAGUAAAACCCUAUUCUGAAAACUA